AUGACGAAAACAGAGGAAAAAUCGCAAGUGGAUAGAACUGUGUAUGAGAAUGAGGAUUUCAAUUAUGCGAUCGGUUGGAACCGCUUCAGCCUCGACGUCCUGGGCGCCUGGCCCAGACGCAAUUCCGGAAUAAUCGGCCGCCAAAGAUCAUUGGUUUGUGCCCUCGGUAUCAUUAUUCUCAUCUACCUGCCGCAAUCGGCUAGUGUCGUUGUCCACUGGGGCAAUAUGGACGCUGUGAUCGAGUGUCUGUCCGUCAACGGUCCAGUAUUCCUAGCCUUCGCUAAACUACUUCUCUUCCGAUAUCGCCGAAAAGAAAUUAGAAUGCUUAUUGAUUUUAUGAGUGAUGACUGGAACACCCCGAGGAGCCUUGAAGAACGUGAGGCCAUGCUGAGAACCGCCAAAAUGAGCCGAGUGAUAUCACUUGGAUCGGGGGUUAUCACUCAUACGUUAUUCGUCGCCUACAUUUUUUACAAGAUAUAUUUCGGGAUAGAAGAUAUGAAACGCACGGACCUGGACCCACGCCUAGCCGUGGGUCUCCUGCACCCCGCACGGCUUCCAUUCGACACUAGAAAAAUUGAAUACUUCAUACCCAUGUGGAUUGGCCAGUGCUUCUGCACUUACUUCUCAAUGACCAUUUAUGCAGUCUUCGACUGCAUGAUUUCAGCCGUGGUCCUCCACAUUUGUGGACAGUUCUCAGUGAUUGGACUUGCUCUGAGGAACCUAGCUGAUGACCAAGUCGGCUGUCGUUCAGAUUUGUUCAGAGAAAAAUUGGCAGCGAUCGUGAAACGGCACGAGAAAUUGAAUGACUCCAUCGGAGUCAUUGAAGACUCGUUCAGCUCGAUUCUUCUACCUCAGAUGCUCAUUUGUACUUUCACCUUUUGUUUCCAAGGGUUCGCAUUGAUCACGAGUCUCUUGGGUUCUUCAACCGGAAAAAUAACAUUCCUGGAAACAGCAUUUUCCGUCACUUACGUCUUCUACACAGUUUUACAUCUCUUCGUCUACUGCUAUAUAGGAGAUCAACUGCUCGUUGAGAGCUCAUCAAUCAGCUACUCGGUGUACGACAGCCAUUGGUACAAUCUCCCAGCGCGCCACGCGCGUUCUCUGCUGUUCGUGGGAUACCGGUCUCUCCGACCACUGAAAAUCACAGCUGGAAAAUACUGCGGUUUCUCCAGAAACUUAUUCAUCAUUGUUCUGAAGACUUCGAUGGGAUAUCUGUCAAUGCUUCUGACCGUCAAACAACGAAUGACUGAUUAAUUGAAUAAAAUUUGAAUAACAUUUAAAAAUAGUAAAUACUGAAAUCACAUAUGAUGAGGGAAUAAAAUAAGGCAAU